GGGCACUUUUACAGCGUUGACAUAGUACCUAGAAGAAGGUUAGGGGGCUGCGAUUAAUGAGUCCCCAAAGCGCCAUGAACUCCUACCUGGACUACCCGCUCUGCAACCGCAGCCAGAACCUGUUCAAGGCCGGAUACUUGAACCACGGAUACGUGACGGCGAGUGACGGCUACGGCCAGGACGCGCGCUUGACGCACCAGAGCCUUCCGGUGCACCAGGCGCACGUCGACUUGGAGCCGCAGUUCGCUGCGCCGCCACCGGGGAACUCGGGGUACGGAUCCCCGCUGGAGUACGGACACCAGCAGUACGGCCUGGCCCCCGAGCAGGACCGGGUAUACAACAUGGCGCCUUACGCCGGGGACAGCGCGCAGUACCUGCACUACGGCGGCGGGGAGUACCCGGAGAGUGGGUACAUGCGUGGGGCGGCCCAGCACAAGGACCGGGACGUGGAUCAGGCCGAGGAAAGCUCCAAGACUUUCGACUGGAUGAAAGUGAAGAGGAACCCUCCCAAAACAGCGCUCCUGUCCGAGUUCGGCGUCCCGGGCCAGCACAACGUGAUCCGGACUAACUUCACCACCAAGCAGCUGACGGAGCUGGAGAAGGAGUUCCACUUCAACAAGUACCUGACGCGGGCCCGGCGGGUGGAGGUGGCCGCCGGCCUGGAGCUCAACGAGACGCAGGUGAAGAUCUGGUUCCAGAACCGCAGGAUGAAGCAGAAGAAGCGGGAGAAGCUGCAGGGCGCCGAGAAGCGCCCGGAGGCCCCCUGCGCCACCGUGCCCACGCCCAAGACCGCGGACUGAAACAUAACAUAAGACUGGGGGAGCCUUCCUCGAAUAAAGACCGAUUAAAUCAGGGGUGUCCAAAGUGCGGCCCGGGGGCCAUUUGCGGCCCGCAGGCCAUUUUUUAACGGCCCCCGGCACAUUUUAAAAAUACGAUUGAAAAAAGUAAAAAACAUUAAAAGUGGUAUUUAAAGA